AUGGAACUGGUCGAUCCAAGACUAGAAUCGAACUUCAAUGAAGAAGAGGUGAUCACAACUAUCAAUUUGGCACUCUGUUGUACCAAUGCUGUAGCAGCCGAAAGACCAAGCAUGUCAGCAGUGGUAAGCAUACUAGAAGGAAGAGCACAUGUUGGAGACUUCGUUUCAGACUCAAGCGUCUCAAUUUACAAGAUGAAGCCAAUGGAAAUAACAAGUCAGGACCAUGUUACUAACUCGAGUAUUUCAGUGGAUAUGCCUUGGACUUCUUCCUCAAAAUCAACUUCUGAUCUGUAUCCAAUCACUUUAGAUACUGAUAAUUGGAAAGAUUGA